AUGUCGACAGCAGAACUAGAAUGGAGAAGGAGUUUGGCGGAUGUUUUGGAUGAUGAGUUGAAUCGGAUACCAGACCAUUGGAAUCCUACAAGCCACUCGAGCCGUUCUCUGGAAGAUCUGUUAAUAUUACCAGCUCAUGACCACCAGGAGUAUCAGCUUUCGAGUCCAAUGUUUCACUUUACGAAUAGUGGAGUGGGAAAUGAGGCACUUGUUGCGGCCAGCAACUUCUCGAUGAUGUCUCCUCUAAUGGUUAAUAGUGCGCCUAUGAUAGACGAUACAAACUCGAGCUAUGCUGCGUUUUCAGAGGGUCCCGGCACAGCCAACAUCUUCAGCAAGUAUGCAGAUCCAACGCUUACGACUACACAUGCUAAUGGGGCUCGGAAGAAGGAAGCCGAAGCUCAGGCCCCUGUGCAGCAGCAACUUCAACAACAACAAUUACAACACCUACAACAACAACUUCAACAACAGCUGCAACAGAAACAGAAACAGCAAUUGCUCCUGCUACAGCAGCAGCAGCACUUACAUAGACAGAAACAACAAUUACAACAGUUACAGCAGCAGCAGCAGCCGCAACAACAACAACAACAACAACAACAACAGAAACACAUAGAGCAACAGCAACAACAACAACAAUUACGACAAACACAACAAUCACAACAAUUACAACAAUUACAACAAUUACAACAACCAAAACAACAGCAACAACAACAGCAGCAGCAACAACAGCAGCAGCAGCAACUAGCACGGUUAGAGCAGCAGUCGCAGCCGAUACAGGUUCAACUUCUGCAACAGCAUGCGCAAACUAAACCGACUAAAACCCAGCUGCAUGGUCAACAAUUCCAGUUUGAAAUCCAACAGCAGGCGCAGAGUAUACGGCCUCAGAUACCCCAAGCGCAGCAGAUGCUGCUGCAAUCUAUUAAUAGCAAAUCGCUAACAAACACUAACAAUACAUGUGAUACACCAGAUCAGCCUACCAUAUCUCUAAACCAUGUUAUGAAUGGAAAAAAUCAUUUUGUUCCCCGAGUGGCUUCUGCAUGUGCACCUCUAACUGCUGCAAACACAAUAAGUUACAAUCAAAUACUUCCAAGCAAAUAUAAUCUUAUGGAAGACCAUCAGACAAGAAUUGCUGAGCAACAGGAGAUGGAUCUACUAGAUGAUGAAGAUUAUAUUCGUGACUAUUAUCUAGAGGAAAAUGGUCAUAAAUUAAACUAUUUCUGGCCCCUGCAAGAUAAUUUUAACAAUUCUCAGGCGCAUGCACGCCAUCCCAUGCAGCAGCUAUUUGAUCAUGAUUUUGACGACGAUCUAAGUGAUGAUGACGAUUCCAACUCGUUUGAGUUGCUAGCUGAGGACUACGAAAACCAUAAUGACCAUGAUAAUGAUGACGACGCUCAAAUUUUUGAUCGUACUAAGAAUAUAGAUUUUAAGGCAUCUGUUUCUGCAUAUUCGCGCCCAUUGCUGAAUAACGAGUCAUAUGUUGACUCAGACAUGGCUGUCGAUGGCAUUAGUGGUAGUCUCGACGGUGAUGAUGAUGAUGACGAUGAUUCUUCAGUCUUCGAUGGCGAUGCCAUAUUUGAAAGUGAUGGCAACCGUAAACCAAGUAUGGUUAUUUCUACUCAGAAGUUGUCAAGGGAACCAAACACAUUUUUCAAUAGAGGAGUUUCGCCUUGUUCCCCUCCUUCUACGAUUGAUACCAUUGUGCCAUCGGUGACCAACAAUGAUCCAGCUGUUCUAGUGUCUGUCCCUAUACAAGUUCGCAAGGGCCUGAGAGCGACCAGGUCAGAUACCGAUUCAGGAACAACUUCUACGAUCGCUACUACUAGCCAACCCGCAGCAACUACCACUAGUACCACUUCUGCCAUAACUGCAGCAAGGACUAAUAAAAGAGUGAAUACAAAUAGGCGGAAGUCCAACGGUGCUGGAAUGGCGUUCCAUCCUACAAAAAAGUCAACCGCCUCCACCUCUAAUAGUACCACUAGUCCAAUUAACUCUAAUGAAAACACAGUCACCAAUACGGUGGCAACUGUUGAUGUGGGUGCUUCUGCCGGAAUUUCUCCUGUUACCGAAAGCACCCCAUCGCAGCAUCAAUACCAUCAACAAAAUGCCUCAACUAAUGACUCCAAUGAAGAGCAUACUUGCCAAUUGAUCAAUGCUGUUACCAAGCAGCCAUGUCUCAAGAAGUUCUCAAGACCCUAUGACUUGAUUCGUCACCAGAAAACUAUACAUGCAGCUAAGAAGAAAAUCUUUCGAUGCUUGAUCUGUAUACAAGAGCAUGGUACUGAGGGGUAUCAACGGACAUUCUCCCGUGGCGAUGCUUUGAGCAGGCACGUUAAAGUGAAGCAUGGUUUAGUUGGCGAGGAAGCCCAGAAAGUAAUUCAAUUUGCUAAGGAAAAUGUUGAAUAUGUUGAGGCAUGA